AGUCAUAAACGGUCUCGCGUAUUGCAUGGGUAUAAAAUAGAAAAAUAAAAAAAUAAAUCAAUAAAAAAAGUAAAAUAUUUAUCUAAAAAAUUAUUGUAGAUUAAAUACUAAAAUCAAAAAAAAAAAAACAACAACAACAAAAUAACACACAUAAAUUUAUAAUAAAUAAUAAUUUUUUAAAUAAUUAUUUCAUUUAUUAUUUAUUAUUUUCUACAUGACUUCUUCAAUAUAUAUAUAUAUUUCUAAUCUAUCUCAUUUUAUUUUUAAUAUAAAUAUAUAUUGUGCAGUUUUGUUUGCGCAAUGUCUACGAUCUUGAUCCCCAAUAAACAUUAACACACAUAAAUUUAUACAAAUACACAUAAGCUAAUAAAAAUAAUAAUUAUCUUUUUAUUUUUUAAUACUAUAAUGAUAAUAAUAAAAUAAAUAAUAAAACAAAUUCUUUGACAUUUUUUAAGUGGCAAUGAAUGAAUUUUGAAUACAGUCUGUGAUCACGAAUUAUAUUAAAAUAAAUAUUUAAAUAAAAAAGUGGAUAAACUGGAAUGAAAUAGUAUUUUUUAAAAGAGGAAAAAAUAAAUUUAUAUAUAUACAAUUAAAUAGUAUAUUAUGCGAAAUAGUCGUGUGUCCCCGAACGCAAGUUAUUUUAGUUACUUUGCAUAACUGUUGACUCGCCGACAACGUGUAUCUCGUGACACAAAUUGACGAACUCAUUGUUACCGAAUAAUUUUAUAAAGACAAUUAAUAUUAUAAACAAUUCAACUGUAUAAAUUAAGUAUUAAAUUUAAUGUUAAAAAAUUAUCUUUAAAGAAAUGAGUAAGCAAAAAAAUUAAAUUUAAAAAAAAAUUGAUAUAAAAAUAAAGAAACAGUAAUUAUAUAUAUUGAUGAUGAUAAUGCUACUGUGUGUUUAAAUUUUGAGUGUGUGUAUGUGUUAAAUUUAAAUAUGAUAAAUACAUUACAUUUGUGUUGGACAUUUAAUUUUAUUAUUGUUAUGUGUGAACAUGCUUGAAAUGGCAGGCAAAUGUUGUUCAGAUAAGAUUUAUUUUUUACCUAGUGAUUGAAUUUUUGUUUUUUAUUUGAAAAAAAAAAGCCCCAGGGUUUGAUAGAUAAAACAAUUGGCCUAUUUUUUAUAUAGCUCGAUUAACAAGUGAUAAAAAGACAAAAAAAUAUAUUUUAAAAAUAUAUUUUUUUUUUUAUAAAUGGGAUUGCCAGAUGCUGAUUUGAGUAUGGGUACUGGUGGUGCAGGUGGUUCUGUAAUUGGCAUAGGUGGAUCUGGUGUUGGUGUAUUAUCACAACACUGUGCAAUUUGUGGUGAUCGUGCAACUGGUAAACAUUAUGGUGCUGCUUCUUGUGAUGGUUGUAAAGGAUUUUUUCGUCGAUCAGUUAGAAAAAAUCAUUUAUACACAUGCAGAUUUAGCAGAAAUUGUGUGGUGGAUAAAGACAAACGUAAUCAAUGUAGAUACUGCAGAUUGAGAAAAUGUUUUAAAGCUGGUAUGAAAAAAGAAGCUGUACAAAAUGAACGUGAUAGAAUAAGUUGUAGAAGACCAAGUUAUGAAGAACAAACAAGUGGUGGUGGUGGUUUAUCAGUUGUAUCAUUAUUACAAGCUGAAAUGCUUAGCAGACAAGUUGGGGCAGCCUUAGAGGUACAACAAUUGGGUGGCUUGAAUAAUGAGACUGAUCUUAGCAAUAAACAAAUUGCAAAUAUAAAUGAUGUUUGUGACAGUAUGAAACAACAAUUAUUAAUUCUUGUUGAAUGGGCAAAAUAUAUACCAGCAUUUAGUGAACUUACACUUGAUGAUCAAGUUGCGCUAUUAAGAGCACAUGCUGGAGAACAUCUUCUACUUGGUGUUGCAAGACGUAGUAUGCAUUUAAAUGAUGUACUUCUUCUUGGAAACAAUUGCAUUAUUACAAAAAGUUGUCCUGUAAUAUCAUUUUCCACAGAGGGACGUAAUCAAGAUUUGGAUAUCAGUAGAGUUGGCAUACGUGUUAUGGAUGAACUUGUUAAACCACUAAAUGAGGUGCAAAUUGAUGAUACAGAAUUUGCUUGUCUAAAAGCUAUUGUAUUUUUUGAUCCAAAUGCAAAAGGCUUGAGUGAACCAGCAAGAAUAAAAAAUUUACGUUAUCAAAUACAAAUAAAUCUUGAGGAUUAUAUAAGUGAUCGUCAGUAUGAUAGUAGAGGAAGAUUUGGUGAAAUAUUAUUAACAUUACCAGCUUUACAAUCAAUAUCAUGGCAAAUGAUUGAACAAAUACAAUUUGUUAGAUUAUUUGGUGUUGCACAUAUUGAUAGUUUACUACAAGAAAUGCUUUUGGGUGGUGCAACUGCUGAAUUAAAUGGUACAACAACACCAAUAACAAUAUCAAAUAAUGCACCAGAGAGUUAUGUAAGUAGUAAUGAAAGUCCAAGUAGUCCAUUAACACCAGCAAAUACUGGACCAUUAAGUCCACAAGAUCAUAUGCUUGGUGCUGGUAGUCCACCAUUAAUAUUACGUGAUUUAACAUCAUUAUCAUCACAAGAUGAUAAUAAUUCUGUUGUUGGUUUUCGUAUGUUUAAACAAGAACCAAGUCUAGAAACAGAAACAUUUUGACUAGAUGAUAUGCAAUGUUUCAAUAAAAUUUAUUUAAAUAAUAAUAAUUUUUAAGUUACUAAAGAGCUUCUUAUAUAUAUUUAUCAAAAUAAAAAAAUAUAUAUUUACAAAAAUUAAAAAAUGGUAUUGAGUUUAAUUGAGAUGUAGAUAAUUAAAUUAAUGAGAAAAUAAAAUUAAAAAUUAAUGUGCCUUUAACAAACGCUCAAUACAAUAUUGAUAAAUAAAAUUAUUAUUAUGUAUUUAUAUAAAAAAAAUAUAAUAUUUACAAAUUAUCUUAUGACAAAUAAUAUUAUUAAUUAACAAAAAAAAAAAAAAAAAAACUACAUUUAAAGUUUAUUACCUUGAUGCUCAAAUUAUUGCUCAAUUGUUAAGUUAAUUUUUAGUCUAAAUAACAUCAUAUUAAAUGAUAAAAUAAUUUAUAAUUAAAUUAUAAAUAUUGAGUUAGAAAUUUUAUACUGAAAAUUAUUAAUUGAUAAUUUAAAAUUAAAUAAUAUUGGGUUUCUUUUUUAUUUUUUUUUCUUUUGAUUACAUGUAGAAAAAAAUUAUUUCUAUUUAUGAAAUAUAAAUAAAUACAAGUAGAGAUAUUUAAAAUUUAUUUUAUCGUAACAUUGACAAUAAAAAUUAACAACAGGGGUAAUUAUCAGGUUGAUGUAUUACUGCUAGAAAUAUACAAAAAAACUGUAGAUAAAAAUGUUAUUUCAUUCCAGAUGAUUUAAAAAAAUCUAGAUUUAUCAAAUAUAAAUAUAAAUUGUUGUAAAUAUUUAAAAGCCACAAGUGUCUUAGAUGAAUUAAAUGAAAAAGAAAAAAUAUAUAUGAAAUUUUUUUGUCAUAUGUAGGCCAUCACAAUGCAAUAAUUUAGUUAAGUGGCACCAUGACAAAAUGACAAAUUAAUUAUCAAUUUGGUGUUCUUUUUUUUUUUAUUUUUUAUUCCAAAGUUUCAAGUUCACAAACGUGUAUACUACUUUAUAAGAUUUAUUAUCAUAUAUUUUUUCUUCUUUAAAUAAAUAUUAAUGAUACUUUAAUAAAGUCAUGCUUGGCCGGAUAUAAAAGCAAUAUUUUUUUCUUUGAUUUCAUUAUUCAUUGAUUAAAAAAAAAUUCAAAUAUAUAUUUUCACAAUUAUUAUUUUUUUUUAAUUAUAUAUUCAUUUAUUAUUGUCAAAAAAAUAAUCUCAUAUUAUUAUUUUAAUGAUAUUGAUAAUAAUGUAUCGAUUAAUUGUUAUUUUUUUUUUCAUAUUGAAUUUUUUUUUUGUUACAAAUUAUUAUGAAAAUAUACAUUCGAAAUUUUUAAAAUAUAUUUACAAAUGCUCGAAUUAUUAAGUGUCGAAUAAAGCUCAGGUAUUUUUUAAAAAUGAUUUUCGAUAAAUCUUUAAAUUAAAAUGUUACUUUCUAAAAAAAAAAAAAGAAAAGAAUCAAAAAAAAUUGUUCAAUUUAUAAUAAAAAAUAAGUUAAUAAAAAUAAAUAAAUAAAUAAUGAAUAAAAUAAUCAAAAUUAUGGUGAAAUUAAAAAAAUUAUCAAAUUAUUAAAUAUUAAAAAAUUUAAUUAUGGGUUGUGAGUUAAAUAAAAAAAAAUAAAACAUCCAAUUUAUUUGCUUGUUAUAAUUUAAAAAUAAAUAAAUAUAUUGUUUACUUUUAUUUGUAUAUAUGAUUUUUAUUUGUUAUUUAAUUAUCAUUAAAUUUUAUGUUUGUAUAAUUAAAUAAAGGGAUAUGUAUGUUUACAUAUUAUCAAUAAAAUUAUUUCCUAUUAAUUGAUGGUAUUUUUUAUUUUUUAAAUAUUAAUUUGCCUCAAAUUCAGCACGUUUACGUUUUUUCAUAAAACUA